AUGGCAUUCCGCCUCCAAACCCUACGCCAUGCUCUCCGCCAACCCUCGAUAAACCCUCGAUUCACCCAACGGCGCUGGGCCCAGGUCCAUGAUGUCCGCUUCCUCGCCACCCACGACACCCAAGCGCGCAUCCUCGCAAAAUACAAAGCCAAGCUAGAAGAAAAGGCCAAAGCCCAGGGCCUCAAGGACCUCGACGAACUCAAGGAGCAAUACAAGGAUAAAAUCGAAGAGCUACGCAAACAAGCCAUCGUACCAGGCGCAACAGGUCCCCUCACACCACCACCAUCCCCCACAUCUACAGUAUCACCCGCACAAUCAACACCACCACCACAACAACAACAACAAGCACAACAAGCAAAAGAUGAACCAGCGACAUCCCCCUGGCCCUCCCCUCCACCCCCACCAACCCCAAAAUCCCCAAAUACCCCCCCACCCGGCAUCAAAACCCUAGACUCCUUCCUCAACCUCUCAAAAAUCCGCCCCUUGCCCGCCCAAGAAAUCCAAACCCUCUGGCGCCUCCGCCACGCUUCCAACAAGCAAUCCGUACACUUUGCCGUCCCAGCCCAGACGUUUGCCUCGAUGAUGCGCACGGCAAAACAACAUCCUACGUUUGUCUUGCCCAUGCCGCGCGAGAUUCCAAAGGAAGAGGAGGGAGGGGGGGAGGGGGGAAUGCAACAGGCGGCUGAAUUGCAUUAUAUGCAGUUUGCACAUCCCCAUGUCGAUACGACGACGUUGAUGUUCACGACGCUGGCGGAGUUCAAGUUGAGGGGCGAGUUUGCGACUCCGCAUACGACGGUCACCUUUCAUCAAGAGUUGGCAGAGAGUCACGCCUUGGUCUUGGGUCAGGGCAUAGUGAUGGAGGGACGGGGGGUAAGUGUGGAUGAUGCAAGGUGGCUGAUCAUGUGUAUGCAGAAGUUCUAUGUUCAAAGUGAGGAAGGCAAGGCAAGGCAAGAGCUGCUAGACUUGUUCACAAGGGGUGACAGUGCAUUUCGAGUCGAAACACUCAUAGAUGAGGCAGAGAAGAUUCUGUAA